AGCUAUGACGCAACACGCGCACCCGUCUGACUCCAGCAGCUCCCUCAGAUAUCCAUCGGUCCACCCGAGAAGCAUGAUGUGACCGUGACAUACACAGCCACCUAAAGACAGAAAGACAACAACAUUCUCCUUCUCCGUGUCACUGAGUGCAGUUAUGUCUGAGACGCCAUGCCAGAUCUUUCGGGGUGUCUGCUCCUCGCCGCGCUGCUGAUUUUCUGCGAGGAUGGGUACGUCAGGGGAGCGGAGGGUGGGGUGCUCGCCUCGCUGUCGGAGGAGGACAAUGCAAGCCACACACACACGGCCCCGCUCAAGGGACAGGGGGAUGCGACGGUGCCUCCAUCAGAGUCGCUCCUGACCCUGAAGAUUUGGGUUAAAGAUGCGUCUAGCCAGAGGUUCCUGAAAGGAGCUCUGGUGGGUGUGUUUUUGAAUGGAUCCCAGAUUCACUCCAGCCAGACUCUGGAGAAUGGAGAGGUCACGGUCACUGUCCCAUACCACCUUGGCCUGACCCUCACUCUGGUGGCCAGCAUGGAGGGUUAUGUACUCACCCAGCUGCCUUGGAAAACCACCAAGAUGCCCAUUUUUUCUGUUAUUACAAUGUCCCUGCGCCCUCAAACACAAGGGAACAUCUGGCUCUUUGAUGAUACUGUGCUGAUAACUCAAAAAGCAUCUGAUCUGUCAUUUCAACCGAGUGUACAGUUUCCCAAAAGUCUCCUCAAACUGUCGGAGAACACUACCAUCUCCAUGUUGUCAGCCUAUCUGACAGUUCCAACCCUGCCUACAGAAAAAGACUCAAAUUCCUUUACUCUAAACCUGAGCGGUAAAGGAGGUUAUAGGAAUGUCAAGUUAAACCCCUUGGCUAUGAUCAGUGCCCAGUUAGUGUCUAACGGAAUAAAGGUUGACGUCAAAGGACCCAUUCAGCUCAAAAUACCCCUACCCUACAACACCCACAUGCGACCGUCUGACUCGCUGCCUGCGUGGACCUUCGACAUGACCAUAGGUACCUGGGUAAAUAAAGGUUUAGGCACUGUUCAGAUGGAGACAAACGGUUUAGUCUGGAAUUACGUAGCACCUCAACUUGGUAACUGGAUUGCCGCACCACCACCAUCGUCAGGUUAUAUGGGGCUCGCAAGCUCAAUGGAUUUCAUUUCCUACCACACAUACCUUCUUGUGGGUAUCUUGGGAGGAACUCUUGUGAUAGCCAUUGGAUUUUUAUCUGUGAUUGUAUUUCACUGCAGAGAUUUAAACUAUGAGGCUGGAAGAAAGCGAUGGAAUUCCACCAGGCUCACUGUACUGAAGAAAGACCAGACCACUUCCACCAGCUCUGAUGAGGCUCAAGAACUUUUCUUUCAUAAUGGGGACCGGUCUUUCUCUCUGGCUGCAAGAGGCAUCGGCCAUGAUGCAUCAGACUCUCCACGUCACCAAGCCAACUACAACAUUUAUGUGGAAAAUGUUGGCCGGCCAGCGGGCAAUCUGUAUGAGAAUAUUGGAGCUGUGGGAUUAGAAAGCUUCAGAGCCCCAGUGUCUAAUAUCUAUGUUAAUAGUGACGAAGUUGCAAAGCUACGGGAAAAAUCUGAACAGAAUGGCUCACGCCAGAAUGGAGCGGAGAAUGUAGUUUUCAGAGACAAGCUGUUCCACAUCUAUAACCAGUCCGUGGCAAUUGUACCAGCCCCAGAGUUGUUCACUUCCCAAGCUGAACCAUCUGGAAGUAGAUCUGCCACUUUCCCACGGAAUGGCAUGGAGCAUGGAGCUCAGACGGAGCGUAACUUAAAAGACAGUUUCACUCAGACAUUACCUAAAGUUCCCCAGCAGGACAGCGAUGAGCAGCAGGCUCUGGAAGGAGUGCAAGCCGCUGCUGCAAACCCAGGGUUAUGGGGCCGCUACAGUCAUCUCCUGGAAUCCGUAUCUGUCCCAGGAACUUUGAACGAAGCAGCCAGAAUGGGGCCUUUCCGUGGGGAACUCCAGGGAAUAUCAGAGCAAACCUUGCUGGAUCUCUCCAAGGGUAAGCCGUCCAUUCACCCACCCCGGGCCUGGUUUGUGUCUCUUGAUGGUAAACCAGCAGCCCAGGUUCGUCACUCUGUGAUUGAGCUUCAGGGAAGACAUCGUCCAGGCAGCAGCAAUGACACAAGCUUGGACUCUGGAGUGGAUAUGAACGAGCUGCAGCAGCCUCUGCGGAAAAGCGAGGAACCUUCAAGCUCUAGCAUGGCUAAAAUAAGUGGAAAUCAAGAGCAGGACUUGAGCAGCAGUGAAAUUGGGAGUCCCGAGGACAUGUCCCUGAGGAACACCUUGGAAGGCAGUAGUGCAGCCAUUCCCAACAUCCCAGAGGACAGGGAUGCAGGGGACACCUCUAGCGAGUCCAAAUCUACCCCUCCACCACGGAGACUGCGGAAGGUUCGGGACAAGAAGCCUGACAAGAAGACAUCUCGACACAUGAGGGAGGAGAGACCCCAAACGAAACACUAACUGAAUAACCUGCGUGUAGCCGUAGCUUUUUUGUGUCUGAAAAUGGUUUUGAUCAAAUUGCCUUAUAACAUAAACAUCAGGAAGAAUGAAGAAAACAAAAAUGCCUGUCUUACCUGCCGUAGCUUAAAGUCGAUUCCUGUGGCUAUGCUGUAUCCAGCAUCUUGUCAGCAGUUCAUUUGUACACAAUUUCCCAACCACACUGUACAAUGUUUUUACAAACUACUUUGAAAUAACAUAUUUGUUUACCUUCAAAAGUACAUUGUAAAAGUAUAUAUACAGUAUAUAUAU